AUGGCUCUCGAGCUUCCGUCAGUCGCGGCGAUCGCGACCGCCUCUCGUCCCGCGCCGCCCGUCGCACCUCCUCCGAACCUAUUCGCCGUGACGGGCUUUAAACCGUUCAUGGGAGUGGCUCAUAACCCCACAGAGGCAAUCGUGCGCGCGCUGCCCGCGUAUUUGGCCGAGCGGAAAGCGCUCCCGGAGGGGUGGGCGCUGGGGUGCUGCUGCGUGCUGGAGACCGCGGGGAAGGGGUGCCUUCCGCAGCUGCUGCGCAUCCUCGACAAUCCCGAGGGGCUUCCGCCGCUUCCGCCGCUUUUGUCCCCCGCGCCCGAGGGGGAAGGCGCGGAGGAGUCAGGAGGACGGGGGGCAGAAGGGGGAGGAAUAUGGGGGAGGCUUGUGGGGAAAGGCGCAAGGCGGAUGGCGUUGGGGGAAUCGGCGCAGACGGGGGGCGCGGAGGGGGGAGUGGGUGCAUGCGCGGAAGGGGGAAAAGGCGCAGGAAGGGCAGGGGAGGGGGGGGCAGCAAAGAGAGCAGAGGGCGCUGUUGGAUCCGCGCAUCCAGUGGGAGAGGCGGAGGGGGCGGGUGCGGGGGGGAGUGAGUCAAGACCGUCGGGGGGAGGAGGCAUGGGCGGAACAGCGGACGUGAAUGGCGGGAGACGAGUGAUAUGGGUGCAUCUGGGGGUGAACAGCGGGGCAUCGUUGAUAGCAGUGGAGCGCCAGGCAGCCAACGAGGCCACCUUCAGAUGCCCCGAUGAGAUGGGCUGGCAGCCGCAGAAGGAGGCAAUUGCACCAGAAGAUGGGCCAAUCACAGUCAUCAGGCAGUCCACCUUACCUUUUCUGAACCUAGUGAGCACCCUCCAGCAGCGUGGCUUCUCUGUGUGCUCCUCUCGUGACGCUGGCCGCUUUGUCUGCAACUACGUGUACUACGAGUCGCUACGCCAUGCUGCCCUGCUCUCCUCCUCUCCCUCCUCCUCCUCCUCCUCCUCUUCAGCCUCCUCCUUCGCUUCUUUCUCUGAGUCCCUGCCACAUGCUCUGACUGCCACCACCACACCUACCAGUACUAGUGCUAACAGUGUCUCUAGCGAAACAGGAACUGAAGUUACACCACGACGAGCAGCAGCAGCAGUAGUAGCAGCAGCAGCAGCAGCAGGAUCAGAAUCGAAGCACCAUCCACUCACCAACUCCAAACCUGCACUGCAGGCCCUGCAACAACACCCACAGCACGCUCCACACAUGCCACACGUGCCACCGCAAGAGCCACAAGUGCCGCAGGUGCAGAGUGUGUUUGUGCACGUGCCCACAUUCGACACCAUUGCAAUGGACGCCCAGUUGCGCUUCGUAGCAGCCCUCCUGGAGCUCCUCGCAGCCUCAUAA